GAAAGGUCACGACUGGAAUGCUGCAUGUGUGUAUAUCUCUUCCUCAUUGACCUUUCUUCCAACUCUGUUCGAGUCUGAUAUAAUGGCUUCGUCAGCUCCCCUUCUGUCAGGAACGAUAGAAGCAGAUGAUGAUACGCCUCUUCCAUCUCGAGUUCAAGGCUCUAUGGCCCCGAGUAGGCCGAGACAAGAGCCGGUGGUGUUGGUCCCUGGAACUCAGGCGGACGGAUCGAUUCCUGCGAGGCAGUUGGAGGAGGGCGGCAUAACUGGAAUCCUCAAACAAUCUGCACAUCCGUUAUCCUUGGCCAUGUUGUAUUUCUUUCGCUCCGCUGCCAUAGCGGUUUACGUCCUGUGUGGAUUGUUCACGGACAACUAUGUCUUGAGCAUUGUGGUGGUUGUCGUCCUCCUCUCGGUUGACUUUUGGAACACUAGGAAUGUCGCGGGUAGAACGCUCGUCGGACUGAGAUACUGGAACGAGGUCAACGAGGAAGGCGAAAGCUCUUGGGUCUUCGAAUCGAGAGAUCCUUCUCGUCCGGCCAAUGCAAUUGAUGCAAAGAUGUUUUGGAUUGCUCUCUAUGCCUACCCUGUUGGCUGGCUAGCUCUUCUCAUUGUUUCAGUGUUGAAAUUCAACGUCUCGUUCCUCCCAAUCGUUCUGCUGGCCCUAGUGUUCAACCUAUCAAACCUGCUUGGCUUCACCUACGCCGAUCGGGAUCAACAGCGCCGCUGGGCUUCAUCUGCCAUGUCCACUGGCAACAUUCUCGGAUUCGGCAUGGGUGGAAUCGGCGGACAAUUGGUAGGAGGUAUGGUGCGCAACAGCUUGGGCAAGAUGUUGGGUUGAGUAGACCCGACAACGAACCCAAAAGACAUGCAGUACAGUAUACAAACGGCC